ACCAUCGAUAUAUUGAAGGAGCUAGGUCAGGGGAGCGGUUCCCUUUAGUAUCCGACGGCCACGGCGACGACAGCAGUUUCUGUGUCUCUCCAACGGCGAGUGGUUUCUUCCAGCCUCCGACGCCACCGGCUUCUGCGAUUUCUUUUACUCUCUAACCGCAACGGCGAGCCUGUUUCUGGACGGACUUCUGUUAACAUCCGGAUACUCUACUCUCCGACGGCAAAAGAAACCGUACGGGAUUCUGUUUCCGAACGAUUCCGACGGUGAGAGAUUUUCUCUCUUCCUCCGUUCCACUACGGCUCCAUAGAAACGCAGCUACUGUACGUAUCUUUCAAAGCACAUUCGCACAAAGUCACAGAAAAAUGUGCGCCAACAACAAAGUAAUUCAUUUGGACAAACAAUGAGCCCUACCAUUCCUUCUUUAUUCUGUAACGGAUCCUAAUUUCUUAUAUGGAACCACCGGCCAUGGAUGAGCAAUCAAACGAGGCGCAAGGUCACGGCGGGCCUCCUGUUCCAUCUGCGCCGGCCGUGGCGGCGGAAAUUCAUUCACAAUCUCAAGAAGAACGAGGGGAGGUUCACGAAGAAGAGGAGGCUAAGAAUGAAGACGAUGAAUUGAUUGCCAGGGCACAUAAGUUGAUGGAGAAGAUCACUUCUUCGCCUGAUAACCCCAGCCCUACUGUUCUUCAUGCCCUUGCCUCACUUCUUGAGACUCAAGAGUCCAGAUACAUUGCAGAAAAUGGUAAUUCGUCUAGCAAUGGUCGCUUAUCUCAUAGUAUUGGAAGGCUAGGGAAUGUAGUCCGGGAGAACGAUGAAUUUCUUGAAUUGAUUUCCUCAAAGUUUCUUUCAGACACAAGAUACUCAACCUCCAUUCAGGCUGCUGCUGCAAGACUUCUUUUAUGCUGUUCACUGGCUUGGACGUAUCCUCAUGUUUUUGAGGAUGACGUCUUGGAAAACAUAAGAAAAUGGGUGAUGGAAGAAGCCGGGAGGAUUUCGACCGAAGAUCUCACCUGGAAAAAUGAAUUAGGAGGAAGGGAUGUGUCAGAUUCUGAAAUGUUAAGGACAUAUUCUACUGGACUACUUGCUAUAUGCUUGGUUGGUGGGAGUCAAUUAGUAGAAGAUGUUUUCACGGCUAGAUUAUCUGCAAAACUUAUGCGCUUUCUUCGUGUUCAUGUUCUUGGAGAUGUGAGUCAAAAAGAUGGUAAUCAUUUAAUAGAAGCCAAAAAUGCGUCUGGAGCUAGUGGCAUCAAAGUUAGAGAUGAAAAUAGAGUGAGGGUACGACAAGUUCUAGAAACAUCUCAUUUAGAUGAUUCAAGAACAGCCGAGGAAAGAUCUGUAGAUGAUCAAGGUUUUGAUAGGGAUCGUGAGAGAGGCCUAAGUAGGCUGGCACCAGCAGAAGAAUGUUGGGCUGGUGAAGAGGAACCUGAUGGGUUGGCUACAAGGUCUGAUGUCUAUGAGGUUGAUGUAGAAGGCAAAGACAGAUGGCAUGCUGUAGAUUUUCGGGAUGAGGGGACAAAAUAUGGUGAGCUUGAUGACAAUGUUAGAGAUGACUCUACAAGACACAAAAUGAGCCGUAGCAGAUCUAGAGGGAAAGGAAGAAUGACUGAAGGUGCUCUUGAGAUUGAUCAUACCCUGACUUCACCAAUAUCUGGUAAUAGAUGGCGAAGUUCUAGAGAAAGGAGUUCGUUUAAAAAUCUGGAUGUUAAAAAAGUAUCUGAUGCUGGUAGGACCGCUGGCACGAUCAAUUGUGAUAUUUCUUCUAUGGAAAGAGAUGAUAAUGAUGAUUGCUACCAAGAAUGCAGAGUUGGAUCGAAAGAUAUUUCUGAGCUUGUAAAGAAAGCUGUUUGUGCUGCAGAAGCUGAAGCAAGAGCAGUCAGUGCACCAUUAGAAGCCAUAAAAGCAGCAGGUGAUUCUGCUGCUGAGUUUGUUAAGAGUGCAGCUUUUGAGGAAUUUAAAACUUUGAAUGAUGAAGAGGCUGCAUUUUUAGCUGCUUCUAGAGCUGCAACUACUGUGAUUGAUGCUGCAAAUGCUACUGAGGUUUCCAGGAGCCAGAGCGAUUCAAAUGUUAGUUCAGCAGAUCCAGGUACUACAGGGAAGGAAAUGAAUGAGCAAACUGAAGAUUUUUUCAUCCCUGAUUUUGACUCCCUCACACAACUGAGAAAGAAAUAUUGUAUUCAAUGCCUUGAGAUUCUUGGGGAGUAUGUUGAAGUACUUGGGCCUGUUUUGCGUGAAAAGGGCAUAGAUGUAUGUCUUACACUACUGCAAAGGAGUUCCAAGCAAAGUGAAACAUUGAAUGCUGAAAUGCUCUUGCCUGAUGUGAUGAAAUUAAUCUGUGCUUUGGCAGCUCAUCGUAAGUUUGCAGCACUUUUUGUUGACCGAGGGGGCAUGCAGAAACUCCUUGCAGUUCCCAGAGUUGCUCUAACAUUUUUUGGGCUCUCUUUUUGCUUGUUCACAAUUGGUUCCCUCCAGGGAAUAAUGGAACGAGUCUGUGCCCUUCCUUCUGACGUUGUCUAUCAGGUGGUUCAAUUAGCCAUCCAGCUUCUUGAGUGCCCACAAGAUCAGGCCAGGAAAAAUGCAGCCUUAUUUUUUGCUGCUGCUUUUGUGUUCAGAGCUGUUCUUGAUGCGUUUGACGCUCAAGAUGGCCUACAGAAAUUACUGGAGCUGUUGAAUGAUGCUGCGUCUGUGAGGUCUGGAGUGAACUCUGGGGCUUUAGGCCUAUCUGGUACAGGAGCUUUGCAAAAUGAUCGAUCACCAACUGAAGUACUUACAUCAUCUGGAAAGCAAAUAGCUUAUCAUACAUGUGUGGCGUUACGUCAGUAUUUCAGAGCUCAUCUUCUUUUGCUUGUGGAAUCUAUUCGUCCUAGUAAAAGUAGUCGAAGUGGUGCUCGAAAUGCUUCAAGUGUGAGGGCAGCGUACAAACCACUUGAUAUUAGUAAUGAGGCUAUGGAUACUGUACUUCUUCUUUUACAGAAGGACCGGAAGCUUGGUGCUGCAUUUGUAAGAACUCGUUGGCCUGCUGCUGAAAAGUUCUUAAACUGUAAUGGGCAUAUAACCAUGUUGGAGUUGUGCCAGGCCCCUCCUGUUGAUCGUUACUUGCAUGAUUUACUUCAAUAUGCAUUGGGAGUUCUUCAUAUUGUAACGUUAGUGCCUAACUGCCGCAAAAUGAUUGUGAAUGCCACAUUAAGCAAUAAUCGUGUUGGUAUAGCUGUCAUUUUGGAUGCAGCAAGUAUUGCUAGCUAUUUUGUUGACCCAGAGAUCAUUCAGCCGGCUUUGAAUGUGUUGAUCAAUCUUGUUUGUCCCCCACCAUCAAUCAGCAAUAAACCACCUGUUGCGGAGAGUAGAGCUGUUUACAUGUCUGGUCAGGGAGAUCAGAGAGAGCGCAAUGGGGAGUCUAGCAUUGUAGAUCGAGGCAAUACUUCAGUCACUGGUCAGGCUAAUAACAAUAAUUCUCAAAAUCAAGUUGCAACACCAACAUCAAGGUUGGUUGGGGAUCGUCGAAUAUCUUUAGGUGCAGGAGCAGGCUGCGCCGGUCUUGCUGCACAAUUGGAACAAGCAUAUCGUCAAGCUAGGGAAGCAGUCCGUGCUAACAAUGGUAUUAAGGUUCUUUUGCAUCUUCUUCAGCCAAGGAUCUUUCUUCCUCCUGCUGCUCUCGAUUGUCUGCGAGCUCUUGCAUGUCGGGUCUUGCUUGGUUUAGCCAGAGAUGAUACAAUAGCACACAUAUUGACAAAACUUCAGGUGGGGAAAAAAUUAUCAGAACUAAUUCGAGAUUCAGGUAGCCAGAUAUCAGGAACUGAGCAAGGUAGGUGGCAAGCGGAGCUUUCCCAGGUCGCUAUUGAGCUUAUUUCAAUAGUGACAAAUUCUGGGCGGGCGAGUGCUUUGGCAGCUAGUGAUGCUGCUACCCCAACUCUGAGACGGAUAGAAAGAGCAGCCAUAGCUGCUGCUACACCUAUAACUUACCAUUCCAGGGAACUUCUUCUUUUAAUUCACGAGCAUCUUCAGGCAUCUGGAUUAAGCAAAGCUGCCUAUGCAUUGCUGAAAGAAGCCAAGUUGACUCCUUUGCCUCUUUUAGCAGCUCCAUCAUCUCUUGCAUACCAAGUCUCCAAGCUGGAGGCACCCUCUUCCCAGCUGCAAUGGCCUUAUGGUCGAGUCCCAUGUGGAUUUCUGACUGAUAAACCGAAGUCUGCACGAGAAGAAGAUACAAGUUUGAAAGGCAAUAUUAAUAUGUCUUGUCCAAGGAAAAAGCCGUUGAUCUUCUCAACUCCUUUUGGUACAAAUUCAAAGUGUCAGCCUAAAUCCCUGGAAUCUUCUUCCUCAGCAGUUAGAAAAUUGUCUAGAGCUUCAAAACAAUCUGCUGUGCCUCUAUCUUCAAAUGAAACAACCCUUGUCAUUGAUACGGAGUCUCAAUGUAAAACACCCAUUAUCUUGCCCAUGAAGCGGAAGUUGUCCGAGUUGAAGGAUACUUGCACCGUAUUGUCCUCAAAGCGACUUCACUCUAAUGAGCCAGGACUUCAUUCUCCUAUUUGUCCUACUUCCAUUUCCUCUCGCAAAAGUAGUUUAACAGAUUUUGGCUUUUCUACCCCAAAAACUACUAACAUGAAAGAUCAGCUUGGGCGACCAACUCCUGGGGGUUUUUGGACCGAUUGUUUGGAUGUCCAACACAGUAGUUCCCAAGUUGGUUUGGUUACACCAUCGUCGCAUCCUGGGAAUCUAAAUGACCCUCAACCCAGCAAUAGUGAGAGACUAACUCUAGAUUCCCUUGUUGUUCAGUAUCUAAAACACCAGCACCGCCAAUGUCCAACGCCGAUAACUACUCUUCCUCCAUUGUCUCUUUUGCAGCCUCAUGUUUGCCCUGAACCAAAACGAAGCCUUGAUGCCCCAUGGAAUGUAACAUCUCGUCUUGGUUCACGUGAAUUUAGAAGUAUAUAUGGUGGAGUUCAUGGCAAUCGGAGGGACCGUCAGUUUGUCUACAGCAGAUUUAGGCCUUGGCGAACUUGUCGGGAUGAUGCUAGUGCUCUUUUGACCUGUCUUUCUUUCCUAGGAGACUCAAGAGUUGCCGUGGGCAGCCAUGAUGGGGAAGUCAAGAUCUUCGAUUCCAACAACAAUAGCAUAUUAGAGAGUUGCUCCAGCCAUCAGUCUCCUUUAACUAUAAUGGAGUCAUAUAUUUCUGGCGAGACUCAGUUUGUGCUUUCAUCUAGCUCUUUAGACGUAAGGUUAUGGGAUGCAUCCUCCAUUUCUGGUGGGCCCAUGCAUUCAUUCGAAGGAUGCAAGGCUGCCAGGUUUAGCAAUGCUGGGAACGUUUUUGCAGCAUUGGCAUCUGAGCCUGCUCGACGGGAAAUACUCUUGUAUGAUAUUCAGACCUGCCAACUAGAAUUGAAACUAUCUGAUACCAAUGUCAGUUCUGCAGGUCGAGGGCUUGCUUAUUCUCAUGUACACUUCAGCCCUUUGGAUACAAUGUUGCUCUGGAACGGGAUCUUAUGGGAUCGACGGGAACCAGGACCUGUCCAUCGCUUUGAUCAGUUUACUGAUUAUGGUGGCGGUGGUUUUCAUCCAGCUGGGAAUGAGGUAAUUAUUAACUCCGAGGUUUGGGAUCUACGAAAGCUUAGGCUUCUCCGCAGUGUACCUUCCCUCGACCAAACAGCGAUAACAUUCAACGCAAGUGGUGAUGUAAUUUAUGCAAUCUUGAGGAGAAAUCUUGAAGAUGUAAUGUCAGCUGUUCAUACUCGUCGUAUCAAACAUCCGCUUUUUGCUGCAUUUCGGACCAUUGAUGCAGUGAACUAUUCAGAUAUUGCAACUAUCCCACUUGAUCGAUGUGUCCUAGACUUCACAACAGAGGAAACUGAUUCUUUUGUUGGUUUGAUCACAAUGGAUGAUCAAGAUGAGAUGUUUUCUUCUGCACGAGUCUAUGAAAUUGGUCGACGAAGGCCCACUGAUGAUGAUUCUGACCCCGACGAUGCUGAAAGUGAGAGUGAGGAAGAUGAAGAUGAAGACGAUGAUGAUGAUGCGGAUGAUUUGGAUCCAAUUUUGGGUCUUGAUAUUGAUGGGGAUGGUGUGAGUGAUUCUGAUAUGAGUAAUGACGACGAUGACGACAGUGUGAGCGAUCUUGAUGACGAGGAUGAUGGAGAUUUUGUGAUGGAUGAUAUUGAGUUUGGUGGGGGUCCUGGAAUUUUGGAGAUAAUGACAGAAGGUGACGAUGAAGAAGAUGAUAGUCAACUUCUGGAAUAUUUUAGCAGUGGGGACGAUGAUGAUGAUGAUUUUGUCGGUAACGGAUAUGGGUUUUAAGCAUUACAGGAGAAUCAAAACAAUGAGGUCAAUUUUGGAUGUAUUUAUUUAAUUUUUAGGCAAUUUUAUUUUAACAAUUUAGUUUAGAUGAAAAAAAAAAAAGAAAAAAAGAAAAAAUCAAAAUUUUAAUCUCUUGGAGGCUGGUUUGAGUUAUGGUUUUUCCUGCUUCUUUCAGAUUUUUUUUUUUUAAUUUUUUAAUUUUUUACAUUCUUUUCCUUUAGAAUAGUGGAAUUCGAAUCUUCUCCUCUUUUAUUUGUAA